CACCAGUCACCGUCAGUCGUAUACGCACCGUCCGAAGCGAUCGCCAUGCAACACGGCGGCUGCUGUCGUCGAUACCGUCGUAGUAGUAGUAGCAGUAGCAGUUGUUGUUGUUGUUGUUGUGGUCGUCGUUAUUGUUAUUGUCGGUUAUCACCGAACGGUACGGCCGCCGACAGUGUCGAUAUCGUCGUGCUCGAUUCGCGUAUAGCUGUGCACAGCGGAAAAUCAACGAUGACGGGCCACCGACAACGACGCCGCCCCGGUUUCACCGCCGCUGCUACGACAACAACAACGGCACCGUCGUCGUCGUCGCGCCAAAUAAUAAUAUAAGAUUUAAUGGCGUAAUUGUUACAAUCGUAAUUCGUAAUACAUAAUCGUUCCGAACGUUGUCGCCGUCUGCCUUCAACGUCCCCCCGCCGUCGCCUUCCCGUCGUUUGUCGUCCGUUCGAUCCACAACGAAAUACAUUAUCGAAUAAUUAUUUUUACUCCAUUCGCAUAUUUUGUCGCGCCGCCGUCGUGAUAACAUUAUUAUUAUUAAUAUUUUAGACAGUGCGCGCCAUCGGUCACAUCGUGUUUGCCCGCCGUCGCCAUUGAUAAGUGCGCGAGGCGUAACUCGUAAUUGGUAUUUUUACGCGCUCGACGCACGCGGAACGUACUUAUCACAACGCACACGAGUUGUUGUUGUUGUUGUUUAUUAUUAUUAUUAUUAUUUUUUUUUUUUUAUACACCGUCGUCGUAAUAUUGUAUAUUUAUUAUCUAUAAUAAUAAUAUACUACACCUACACAAGGCGCUAAUCGUUCGGCCGCCCGUUAUAUUUUGUUUACAUUGCACCAAAGUAUGAUGGAUACGAAAAAAGAUUUUGAAUUUGAAGAACUUAUCAUAUGUGGCUGUUGCAAGCAGAAAUUUAAUGAAACAGAAUUUGUGCCAAAGGAACUUAGUUGUAAACAUUGUUUUUGUUUGCAAUGUGUUAAGACUACUAUGCUCAAAGGUUUGGAAGUGUAUUGCAUAAACUGUUGGAAGCGUACUGAAUUAGAUGAGCAAUCUCCAGAGACUCUGCGAACACAAAAGUCUAUUCUCAGUCUAAUUAGACAUCUUGCAAAUGUAAAAGUCAAUAAAUCUGUUGAUAAAGAACGAAAGGGAGAAAAUUGUCAUACACAUGGAAUGCCAUUUUCAUUUUGGUGUUACAAUUGCCAACAGUUGUUAUGUCGAGCGUGUGGAACUCAAUCUGAUCAUAUUGGACAUUCCAUAAAAUCAAAUAAUGAUGCACGUGACCAUCUAAUCAGUGAAGUUCAAGUUGAAACUAUAGCUAUUGCUAAACUGAUGAGUGAAAUUCAAAAUUUAUUUGGACACAAACGCCAAUUUCUCUUGAGGGUUCUAGAUGCCUGUAACACGCUAAAAACUCAAAUUGAACUAGAGUUAAAUAGUGGUUGGACUCAAAAUACAAAUGAUUUACUGCAGACCAAUGAAACUUUGAAUAGUAUAAAACCAACAAAUUUGCGUACAGAUGAUUUAUAUGAUUUACAAUUAUAUUUAAAUCGGCUAGAACAAGUGAAGCAGAAAGUACAAAAUAAAUACUCUGAACAAUUUGCACAUGGCCAAUUAGAAGAUAUCAUAUCUUCUACUAACUUGUUAGAUUUUGGUAUGAUCAAACAAUCGUUGUCUUCAUUACAGUCCAUGGCUUUAGAAUCAUAUAAGUCUGCAGAUUUAGCAAAUCCAAACACCCAUAUUUUUUUCUUGGCUAACUAUUGUACUGCACAGUUGUUUACAAGAUAUGUACUACCCAAACAUGUCACUCAACUUGUAAAUGGAUCAGAGUUUGCAAAAAAUUCUCCUGGAAAUUCGUCCACCACUCAAUAUACAACGUCUCUAUCCUCAAUAUCAUCAAAUGAACCAGUACUGAUAACGUCUCAAAACAGUCCACCACCAGCUAUUUUGAAUAAUGUACCUUCAAUUCGUAAUGUUAAUACUUAUCCUAUGUUUUACUUCAAUAUUGAAGUAAAUGGGACAUCAUUUGGUCGUUUAGUCAUUGAAACUCGUCCAGAUGUAGCGCCAAAAAUGUCAAAGAAUUUUGAAGUAUUAACUGUUGGUGAUACAAAUGGUUGUUCAUAUAAAGGCUGCUCAAUAUUUCAAUGUUGGGAUGGAGAAUCUGUGAUUACUGGUGAUUUUGAAUUAAACAAUGGUCGUGGUGGCAAAUCUAUAUAUGACGAAAGUUACUUCAUGCCCGAUGAUACUAAGUUUCCUGCAGUUCGAGGAGCUGUAGGAAUGCGCCGCACUCAAAAACGUCAUGAUAAUAUGGGUAUGGUUGGAUCACAAUUUCGUAUUAUUCUACAAGAGAUGCGUGGGUUCACAGCAAUCUUUGGACAUGUGGUAGAUGGUAUUGAUCUCGUUGAAAAAAUGGCCUCGUUUGGAGAUCAAACUGGCAAACCGUCCAAGACAUUUGUCAUAUCUAGUUGUGGUAAAGUUUAACAUAACCCUCUUUUUAAUGUUAAUUUAAACUAAAUAAUCGAUCGAGUAGUUUAUAGAAGCAAGUGAACGUUUAUGUGUAUUUUUGUAAUCCAUUAUCGGAGGUUUCGAUAAAUUUAUUUUGGAAUCCAAAACGUGUAUUAGUUUUAAAUAAUAACAAUAAUUAUAUCCCAUAUAUAUUAAAAUUUAUCAAAUAAUAUAAUGGCGGUUUUUAAAUUUAAGUUGCGCACAGUGAAUUAUUCAUGUUAUUAUUUUUCAAAUUGUGUACCAUAAUAUCUUAACUGUAUUUCUUUCCUGACAGAUAUGCAUAAGUUAUAUACCUGUUUAAAAUUUAAAGUUCAGAAUAAUAUAACAUUAUAUAGUGUUUGAAUACAAACAUUGGUUUUCAACUUCAAUUACAAUGUUAUUAUAUUUUACUGUAUAUAGAUCAAUUAAAGUUGGUCUAAUUAUUGUUAAAGUUGAGGUAAAAAAAAAUAAGUAUUUACAUUUAUAAUUUGAAGAAAAAAGACAAUUACACAAAUUUUUCGAUA